AAGAGUUUCUCAUAUCCCACAUUUACAGGAUCUACUAAUCUCAAAGUCCAGAAUCCGUGCCAGCAUCUAUACUUACUUCAAUUUACAUUCUCACAGAUUUUAUCCGGUGACGAUAGCCAUCUUAAUCGAGCUCCUAGAAAUCUUACGAGCAAUGACGGAUUCUGCGGACGCGUUCGAGUUGGAACGCUCGCUGUUCAGCGAGAAGGGCGUGUGGUUCUACCAAGUACCGGCAGGUCAAGUGACGAGUCUGGCGCCACGUGCUGAUGCUUGGGACCCGGAGCAUCCGUUCCUCACGGGCUCGGUGCGAGUGAUGCAGAAGGGAGAUGCGUGCUUCGUUCAGCUCUUCGAACCUGUAGCAGACGAAGCCGAGGCUUCUGCAACCCCCACACUAUUCGCUCAGUGUCCAUUGCAGAUCUCACGCGAGCUGGCACUAGACGUGUAUGUGCACGACUGCGUGGACUCGUCGCGCUACUUUAUGCUGCGCGUGGAGGACGAACAGAGCGGACGUCGCGCCUUCGUGGGCAUCGGCUUUCCAGAUCGCACCGCGGCGUUUAACUUCAAAGCCACACUGCAGGACUACGCCAAGUAUGCAUUGCGGCAGCUGGAGGUGGAGCAGGAGACCGCAGAAGCUGCAGAGACGUCGGUAGGCGAAGGAAUGUCUCCUAAGAAGGACCUCAGUCUGCCACAAGGAACGACUAUCCGGAUAAACCUCAAGACCAACGGUGCUGACGAUGGAGAGAGAAGUACACGACGUCGAAGUAGCGGAGAAGGGAGUGCAGUGAGUCCAGCCAAGGUGCCGAUGAUCCCGCCACCGCCGAGAGACUCACCUUCGUCGACAGUGAAGGUGCCGGCUAUUGCGCCUCCGCCAACAGUGGCGGAACCGGCAACUGCUGUGGAUGAUGAAGAUUGGGGGGACUUUACGUCGGCCUAAUAAAAAAUGAUGUGAAAGUACAUGCAGAUGUCAAGUUGCUACGGCUAACUCGUCUAUUCAUUAAAUAGAAGCAGCAUCUUGAUGAUGAUGAUAACAUGUUCCACUAAUAAUGACCCGGGCCAACACCUCAGCCUCAGCUUUUCAGCUACAUUUGCAACUAGCACGAUAAAAGAUGGAAGUUUGUUAAACCCGACAUAUACAGGAAAAUGCA